UAUGAUUAUUAUUAUUAUUUAUUAAAAGCGCGUUUUAAUGAUUUUGUGAGUGUCAGUGAGAGUGUGGUGGACAGAAAGGGAGGAGCCGCACUAAAUAAGGGUAAUGUUGAAGUUUCCAGAGGUUGAUGUCAGUGUAACUGGAUUCCUCCAGUCUGGAAACAACUGGGAACAAGAUGGCUGAGGGUGGACUGGAAAACUGCUUUUCUAAACUCUCACAAAAGCUGGACUGAAGCCACCCAGAGAACAACAUGCAAGUUACUGUAAACGACACGAUGAGCUCCAGUCGCGUCCGUCCUCAAGCACCGCAGGCCCAGGCGGCAUCCGCAUCCUCUCCGCCUUAUGAAGGGAUCGAGAUGGAAAAAAUGCAUCAUGAAGAAGUGGGCCUCGGAGUGCCCGAUGAGACCCCCUCUCCACCCACCUCCAGCUCCAGACAGGCAUGGAGCCGGGAUAACCCAGGGUUCGAGCCGGAGGAGGGGAUGAUGGAAGCGGACUGGCCUCCGGCGAGCCCCGGCCGGAGGUCUGUGUCCACGGCGUCCAGCAGCAGCAUCAGUGCGCGGAUCAACAGAGGACUGUAUCCAACUCCACCAGCACAAGAACACAGCAGCUGUGGGAAGAGGAUACUGGAGAAAAUGAGAGUGCUGUGGGAUACCCGUCUUUUGGGUGAGAGCAACAGUAACAGAGAGAUGUAUCUGAAAACUGUCCUACGAGAAAUGAUCACCUACAUCCUCUUUCUUGUCACCCUCUGCAUAUUAACCUACGGAAUGGUGAGCACCAACAUGUACUACUACACCAAAGUCAUGUCCCAACUCUUCUUGGAUACACCGCUGGCAAGCGGAGAACCAACGACCUUCAAGACUCUUUCAACAAUGGAGGACUUCUGGAAAUUCACAGAAGGCCCUUUUCUUAAUGGCAUGUACUGGGAGUUCUGGUACAACAACAAGAGCCUCCCAGAAAACCAGAGUCUGAUCUACUACGAAAACCUCCUGUUGGGCGUCCCACGUCUCCGGCAACUCAAAGUACGCAAUGAGUCCUGUUCUGUCCAUGAGGACCUGCGGGAUGAGGUUUACGACUGCUACAGUGUCUAUUCUCCUGCCAAUGAGGACAAGUCACCAUUCGGACCGAAGAAUGGGACAGCGUGGAGGUACUCAGAGGAGAGCAGGCUGGGUGAGAGCAGCUACUGGGGUCAAGUGUCGACGUAUGGUGGUGGAGGAUAUUACCAGGACCUGUCACGCACUCGAGAGAAGUCAGCCAAUCAGCUGCAGGAGUUAAAAAACAACCUCUGGUUGGACCGUGGCACCAGAGCAGUGUUCCUGGACUUCUCCAUCUACAAUGGCAACGUUAACCUGUUUUGUAUUGUCAGGUUACUGGUGGAGUUUCCAGCCACGGGGGGCGCUGUGACCUCCUGGCAGUUCCAGACGGUGCGUCUUAUCCGGUACGUGUCCAGCUGGGACUACUUUGUGGGGAUGUGUGAAGUGGCCUUCUGCCUCUUUGUGCUGUAUUACCUGGUGGAGGAAGUUCUAGAGAUCCGCCUGCAUCGUUUGCGUUACUUCAAGAGCCUGUGGAACUGCUUGGAUGUUCUCAUUGUCGCACUCAGCGUUCCAGCCAUCAUUAUGAACAUCUGCAGAACGUCAGCGGUCAGUCAUAGACUUCACUUCCUGCUGGAGAACCACAGCACAUACCCCAACUUUGAGCCGCUUGCUCGCCUUCAGGUUCACUUCAACAACCUGGCUGCCAUCAUUGUCUUCCUCUCAUGGGUGAAGCUUUUUAAGUUUAUUAAUUUCAACAAGACCAUGAAUCAGCUGUCCACCACCAUGUCACGCUGUGCCAAGGACCUGAUGGGCUUCGCUAUCAUGUUUUCCAUUGUGUUCCUGGCCUACGCUCAGCUGGCGUAUUUAGUGUUUGGAACUCAAGUCAAUGACUUCAGCACCUUCCAGGCCUGCAUUUUCACACAGUUCCGGAUCAUUCUGGGAGAUUUUGACUUCUCAGAAAUCGAGGAGGCCGACAGCGUGUUGGGGCCGAUUUACUUCACCACCUUUGUGUUCUUCAUCUUCAUGAUUCUACUGAAUAUGUUCUUGGCCAUCAUCAAUGACACUUACUCUGAGGUGAAAGCUGACAUGGCCCAGCAGAGGUCGGAGAUGGAGAUCACAGACCUCAUUAAGAAGGGCUACAACAGAGCGAUGGUCAAACUCAAGCUGAAGAAGACCUCCAUCAAUGACAUCCCAGACAGUUUACACCAGGCUGCAGGCAAACUCAGCUUUGAUGAGCUCCGGCAGGACCUCAGAGGAAAGGGCCAUUCGGAUGCUGAGAUUGAAGCCAUUUUUGCUAAGUAUGACCUUGACGGAGAUCAGGAACUGACCGAACACGAGCACCAGCAAAUGAGAGAUGACCUGGAGAAGGAGAGAGACUUGGAUCUGGAGCACAGUUCGCUGCCCAGGCCAGUGAGUGGGCGGAGCUUCUCGCGCAGCCAGGACGACUCCGAGGAGGACGAUGAUGAGGACAGUGGACACAGCUCUCGUCGCCGUGGCAGCAGCUCAGGGGGUGUAUCAUACGAGGAGUUCCAAGUGCUUGUGCGUCGAGUGGACCGCAUGGAGCACUCCAUCGGCAGCAUCGUGUCUAAGAUUGACGCCGUUAUCGUGAAGUUAGAGGCCAUGGAGAGAGCCAAGAUGAAGAGGAGAGAUGUGCUUGGACGGAUCCUGGAUGGAGUCAUGGAGGACGAGAGGAUGGGCCAAGAUCCAGAGCUGCACCGAGAGCAAAUGGACAGGCUGGUGAGAGAAGAACUGGAGCGCUGGGAGUCUGAUGACACCAUGUCACAGGUGAGCCACCAUCAGGCCACUCCCAUCAUCCCAUCUGCUCAGCUCCGCCCCCGCAGUUCCUGCUCACCAUCCUCGCUGUCCAACGAGGGCCCAGAUGCUGCGACCAGUGGGGCCGCCCACAUGUGAAGAGUUUUGAUUGUAAAAACAUUCCUACAGAUCAUGAAGUCCACAAUUUGUUCUCCAGUGCCACGUCUGGUGCAGUGCACUGGGCAAAAUUUACUAAAACAGUAUUAAAGGUCCGCCCCAAAGCCACAGCAGCAGAGUUAAAUAGUCCUGCAAAAAGCUAUUUAUUUGGGUUUCUUUAUAUUAAAGUUAAUUGGGGCUUUAAGAUAAUUAUUAUUUUUUUUUUUUAUGUGACAAGGAAGUUCUAAAACACGGUUUCAUAAUUACUUAAUAAAGAUACAUUUUUGAGGAUAUGCUAAUGAAACAAAUUAGAUUUUAGGGUCAGUCAGUGGCAGCAUAGCUUUGAUUUGCCUGUAUUUAACAUGUGUUAACCAGGUACAUUUAAAUGUAUUUUGAAAUUGAGGUACAUUUAGCUUUUUCCAGUAAAUUUAGCUAUGAUUACUUCUAUUUAGUAUAUUAUUUCCCAUCAAGCUAUAACUAAUUUACAGUAUGCAUUGAUCCCAAAAUUUCUCUUAAACCAUUUUCAUGGCAUAAGCAAUGGCAUCUAAGCAAAAAAAAUAAAAAUUAAUAUAUCUACUGUAUGUGAACCUUAUAGUCACUAAAAAUCAUCAUGUCACCAUUUGGUUAGAAGUCAUUGUAAAAAUGGCUUGGAAAAGUAUCAUAAUAUCAUAAGUAUAUUUUAUAUCACAUUUUUUGUACUGUAUCCUGUUAUAGUUGAAUGCACUGCUUACAGUGUGGUUGAAAUGCAGUAUAUAUUAGAUAUGCAUUAUGCUUUCACUAACCUACAGUAUUAAAGUCCAUUUUCAUCAGUAAUGAAGAAACCAGAUGGAAAGCUUACAGUAAUGAAUAUAAUGAAGGAAAUAAUGUUCAACAAGGAUCAGUAUCUUUAUAUAUAUAUAUAUAUAUAUAUAUAAAUAUAUGAUGGAAUGGAAGAAAUGUAUGAAAAUAGCUAUUCAUACACAAAACAAUAUACCUUAUAAUGCAUCUCUCACAUGAAAAGUUAACAUUCAUAAUUUUCAAACAAUGAAAGUGGUCACACAAUGCUUUUUAUAUAAACUAUGUAUUGGUAAUGAGCUUUGGUGCAAUUUUCCCUCGGUUUUUUGGUUUGCUUUACAUAAUUUGCAGUUCAGUGUGGCAUGUUUUGUUAAACAUAUAUACUUAAAUUUAUUUUGAAUAAUUCUGAUUCUUAAAUCAUUUUGAUACUUUUUGCAUUUUUAAACAAACUUCGAUUUGGAGUGCAUCUGAUUUCAUGGGAAACCCAUGUGUAUUUUUCUUAAGGUAGGAUUUACAGAGCUUUUCAUGAUUCCCUAAAUGUAAAGUGUAUAGUUUCUGCACAACUAGCAUCAACAAACUGAAAAAUAAUUAUAAAUAUAUGGUCAAACUGGUAGUCACUUGUGCCAAAUGUGGCAGAUGUCUUAAGUUGGGUCGCUCAAACAAAUCAGUGUUUGGUGUUGCUAAAGAAGCAGAAAUUACACACUUCUUCCGAAAGCUUAAUAAAAAUGUCAAUGUGUUUUGUUUUUUUUUUGUGCAAUUUCCUCUGUAACACUUUAUGGUACCUCUAUAGUUGGCAGAUUCUUUUACAGUUUAAUAUGACAGUCAUUCAAAAUAAAAUCCAUUCAGACUCA